AUGGGGGCCAGUGGAGCGGGGAAAACGACGCUGCUGAACAUCUUGGCGUGCCGUAUAGCAUCGGGUCGGCGAACGGGCGAAGUGGAGCUUGACGGGUUACCCGUGCGAAGCGGAACGAUGCGACGAGUUUCGGCAUAUGUGAUGCAGGACGACCUCAUGUUCCCGUCGCUCACGGUGCGCGAAACGCUGAUGUUCGCGGCGGAGCUUCGCCUGCCGCAGAGCGUGACGCGGGAGGAGAAGGCGGCGAAGGUAGCGCGGUUGCUCGAGUUGCUGGGAUUGGCAGAAGUGGCGGAAACGAAGAUCGGGGACGAGGGACAAAGGGGCGUUUCUGGUGGCGAGAGGAAGCGCGUUGCGAUCGGCACGGAGAUUAUCUGCGACCCGAAGAUUCUCUUCCUGGACGAGCCCACGUCGGGACUCGACUCGACGAGCGCGUUCCGCGUGGUGCGGGCGAUUAAGGACAUCGCGACCAACACGAACAGCAUCGCGGUCAUGGUGCUGCACCAGCCCAGCUUCCGCGUUCUCGGCCUAGUAGACCGCCUGAUCCUCCUCGCGUCGGGCCACGCCGUUUUUCACGGCGCGCCUCCCGCGCUGCCGCGCUUCCUCGAGUCGGCCGGGUUCCCCGUGCCGCAGUUCGCUAACAGCACCGAGUUCGCGCUGGACCUUAUCGAGGAUAUGCAGCGGUCGAGCCGCGGUGUCGCGGAUUUGGUGGAUUUUGCGCGGGUAUAUGAGAGGCAGCAAGAGGAAGAGGAGGAGCGGGAAAGGAAGCUAGGGAACCUGGGAGAAGAGGCUGCGCUGCGCAUGAAGGGCUUUCAGGAGCGGCUGGCCUUUUUCUCCUUCGCCAUCUGCGUGCUUUUCUUCGUCUCCUGUGAUGCUGUUCCCAUCUUCAUCCAGGAGCGAAACAUCUUUCUUCGAGAAACCAGCAGCAGCGCGUACCGCCCGUCCACCUACCUGCUCUCCUCCACGCUCGUCUAUCUCCCCCUGCACCUGCUCAUGGCGCUCACGCUCGUGCUCGAGGCCUGGUGGUGCCUGGGGCUGCAGGGGGGCGCUCAAGGCUUCUGCUUCAUGGUUCUUGCGUGUUUUGCCAUGCUGUUUACCGGGAAUGCCAUCGCCACAUGCGUCAGCAUCUGCGUCAACCACGUUGUGCUGGCAUAUGCAGUGGCCAUAGCUCUCAUGGCGUAUUUCGCUCUCCUCAGUGGGUUCUACAUUGACAGGGAGAGCAUCCCGGAAGUGUGGAUGUGGCUGCACUACCUCUCGCCCAUGAAGUAUGCCUAUGAGGCACUGGCGAUCAACGAGUUUGGCAGGUGA